GAUGAAAUGUUUUGCAACACUGAAGAGCGUCACGGCGGAAUUCCCAGCCCACCAAUCACAUGCUGUAAGCCACAUGGGUUAUUUUGUUUACAGACGUCAUUAACAGUAAUUCACUCAGAAAACCUUACAACAUGGCAGCGCUGGUAAACAGCAGUUUGCUAAGGGUGGUCAGGAGAUGUAUUUUCGAUUCUCGAUUCCAGUCGCGGCUUGUUCCUUUACGAACCCUCGCUAACAGAAGAGAUCAGGGCACUGCAGGAAGCGGCUGGUGCAAUGACUCCAGCAGGGCAGGCCUGUACAGAACAGCCUGCGCUGUUGCUUUGGGGAUCGGCGGGGCAGCUUUGCUUUAUUCCAGGCUACAGGGAGAGGAGCAGCCGCCGCAGGAGGAAGGCGGUGCGAGCAGUUCAGUAUUCAAACACAUGUUUCCGACAGUCCGCUGCGCUGCCCCGUUCAAACCAGACAGCCCCCGCUACAAAUACAACUUUAUUGCCGACGUCGUGGAAAAAUCAGCACCUGCUGUUGUGUACAUUGAGAUUAUUGGAAGGCAUCCAUUUUCAGGCCGGGAGGUUCCAAUUUCGAACGGCUCUGGGUUUGUCAUCAGUCAGGAUGGGCUGAUUAUUACAAACGCUCACGUGGUGGCUAACAAACGAGGAGUAAGAGUGAAGCUAGCCAACGGAGACACAUAUAAUGCAGUGGUUCAGGAUGUGGACCAAGUAGCGGAUAUUGCCACCAUUAAAAUUAAUGCCAAGCACCCUCUCCCAACCCUUUCUCUGGGCCGCUCUUCAGAUGUCCGGCAGGGUGAGUUUGUGGUUGCCAUGGGGAGCCCCUUUGCCUUGCGCAACACCAUCACCUCUGGGAUCGUCAGCUCAGUGCAGCGAGGAGGACGGGAGCUCGGCCUCUCCAACUUCAACAUGGACUACAUUCAGACUGACGCCGCUAUUGAUUUCGGGAACUCGGGUGGACCACUUAUAAAUCUGGACGGUGAAGUGAUCGGUAUCAACACCAUGAAAGUGACGGCAGGUAUCUCCUUCGCCAUUCCUUCAGACCAUAUCCAACAAUUCCUCAGCAGUGCACAGGAGAAGAAAAAAUCUUGGUUUGGUGGAUCAGAAACGAAAAGACGAUACGUUGGUGUAAUGAUGCUUACACUUACUCCCAGUAUCAUUGCACAGUUGAAGCUUUUUGACCCCAGCUUCCCGGAUGUGACCCACGGUGUGCUGAUUCACAGGGUCAUCAUGGGGUCUCCUGCAUACAGAGCUGGAAUGAAAUCCGGAGAUAUCGUCAUUGAGGUCAAUGAACAGACAGUGAAGACAGCUGAAGAAAUCUACAACGCAGUGCGGACCUGUGACAGUAUUAACAUGGUGGUGAAGCGUGGGCAGGACCUGCUAAUGCUACGCAUGACACCUGAAAUUACAGAGUGAAGGGUUUCACAGCACUGAAGAGAGACCAAUAUCUCUGGCAUCAAUCCUGCUUGCUGAAAUGGUUAAAUCAGGAUAGGUCCAGUCUAAUAGCAAGUCUCGGGCCUCGUCCAAGGGGAUAUAUUUUUAAUAAUGAGUUUGAUGGUAAGAGAGAAUGAUGUACUUGGGUUUGGGUCAUACAGUAUUUUUAUUGAUGCCCUCAGUGAAGGGUAAAAAAAAACAUGUAAUGCAUUAGGUAAUAGCAUUAGGUGUAGCUUGUUAAUGCAAUUGUAAUGUAUGUUGUCAGUCAACAUUUAGAGACAAUGCAAUUCAUUUGUACUCUUCACUAUUGCAAUAACCAGCUUCUGAACAAUAAUGAUAAAUGAUAUUGCAACAGUAAAUAAAUUAUUGUAUCAGAACCGUCAUUAUUUAUAGUGGUUUCUGCCCAUGUCCAAAAUGGCUUACAACAGCUGAGCAGCAAGAGGGAAGAGGAUGUACACAUCAGCUGAGUAUCUCAAAAUAGAUUGGAAUCUAUAAAGUGUGAGCAAUUCAACAGCAAUAUCAGGAACAUUACAUUUAUUACAUACCGUAGCUUGUCCACCGUUGGGGCUGAUUGAAGAACUGUGCCCUCUGCUUCACUUCUCAAAAGGUAAUGUCUGUCAAACAAUAAAUGGAAUGAGUGCUGUAAUUACUUUUGGCGGACAACAGCAUACGUGGGUAAUAUGGAUGGGGAUGUUUGUAUUGUAGCAUAGGGUUAUUAUUAUACUGUACAUGAAACCCCACGGAGAGGGUUUACCAAAGCAAGGCGUUGAGAAGAACAGAGAGCUGAAAGCAAGUCAGAAGAGAAUUUCAUCGUGAUAUGUGGCAGGAGCCCAAACAUUACUUUGGAAAAAAUUAAGAUGCGAUGAACAGUUGAAAGGGCAAAGUGAAUGAGCCCAGUCUGAAGCAGUUUGUAGCAGCUUUUCUACUAGAUGUACUUCCUCAGUAAGGACCCAAUUGAAUGAACUUUUAGCUGGUAAAAUAAGGAUUUUAGGAAAAUGCAAAACCAUGCAAUGAGCAAACUUUAAUUGAUGCUCAAAAUACAUAAAUAAAUACUGCUCCUUUCAAUAAUUAUCUUUCGUGGAAAUAAAUUUCCCCAUUAAAAUGGUUAUUGAAAGUGAUGAAACCACUAAAUAUAGUUCAGCAGAAAUCACUGAAUAAGCCAGAGAUGUUUACAUAUUUUGGUGUUUGUUAUUUUUAAAUUAUGAUAUUUUGUAAUGUUCAGACAUGUACUAUAUGUUUACAGUUUGCAAUGGUUCUCCUUGAACACCAGACCAUAAGUUUGAUCUACAUUUGAACUACAGAGUGAUUGUAUUCAAUAUGUAAUCCAUAUUGCCUCUGCUUUUUAACAAUUUUAUGUUAGCCAUACAAUAAUUACUGGUUAAUCAUACCAGUGUAACAAAGUUAGCAAUGCAAAGUGGAACAGAAUACCGGUGAAAUCUGGAUAAGAGAACACAUGUAUAGUCUUCAGGGUCAUUCAGAAGUCCACCAGAUAACUUCUGUAACAUGCAAGCCUGACAUAAGUGUCUCCAUAUAAAUUUCAUUAUGAAAUUAAACUGCUUUUACAUGUUUGUUUGCUGUGUAAGACAUGGUUGAUACUGCCAUGGUUCUCUGUGUGCAUCACAGUGUGUUUACUUCAAUGAAAACCACAACAGCCUUCCUCUGUAACUACUGUACAUUUUUAUGAAUAAAGAAAAGGCAUCGCAAUGAUUUA